AUGGAGGUGACACCGGGGACACUGGCGGUGGCACUGGGGACGCUGCUGCUGCUGCUGGGGGGCCCCGCCCAGCCCCUCCCUGUCCCCGAGCCUUGGGGACAGGCGGUGACGUCACUGCUGCAGUCGCUGCUGCCCGCGGGGACAGCGCGGGGACAGGAGGGGACACGGCCGCAGGGCUUGGGGACAUGGCUGCAGGGCCUGGGGACGUGGCUGCAGCGACACCCGCCGCGUCCCCAGGGGCCGCGGGGACCUUGGGGACAUCCCCGAGCCCCGGCGCGUCCCCAGGGAGCGGGGACGUGUCCCCAGGAGGAGGGGACAGCAGCGGGGACACGGCCCCAGGGACAGGGGACAGCGGGGACAGGUCCCCAAGGGCCACCUCUGCCUGUCCCGGGGCAGGGGACAGCGGGGACAGGUCCCCAAGGGCCACCUCUGCCUGUCCUCGGGCAGGGGACAGGUCACCAAGGAGCGGGGACAGCGGGGACAUGGCCCCAGGGGCACGGGACACGUCCCCAAGUGCCACCCUGCCUGUCCUGGGACAGGGGACAGGUCCCCAAGGAGGGGGGACACGUCCCCAAGGGCCACCUCUGCUUGUCCCGGGACAGGGGACAGCGGGGACAUGGCCCCAGGGACACGGGACACGUCCCCAAGUGCCACCUCUGCACCUCCUGGGACAGGGGACACGUCCCCAAGGAGCAGGGACAGGUCCCCAAGUGCCACCCGUGCCUGCCCCCGGUCCCCAAGCGCCACCCGUGGCUGUCCCGGGGCUGGGGACAGGUCCCCGGGAGGAGGGGACAGGUCCCCGAGGGGAGGGGACAAUCCCCCAGUGGCCGCUGCCACCCGCCCCGGCACAGGGGACAGGUCCCCGAGGGGAGGGGACCCGGCAGGGGUGGCCGAGGGUGGCACCGCUCGGCGACAUCGGGAGCCGCGCCACGUCCGGGGACAGCGAGGACAGCGCCAGCCGCGGUUGGGGACACUCGGAGGAGCUGCGGCGGCCGCUGUAGCGCCGGGGAUGUCGCCGUGUCACCGUCCCCGUGUCACCGUGGCCGUGUCACCGUGGCCGCGUCACUGUCCCCGCGCCCGCCUGGUGCCACCAGGAUCCUGUCACCUGUCCCCGCCUUGCCACCGUGUCCCAAUCCCGAUGUCCCCGCCCUGUCCCCGCCUUGUCCCCGCCUCGCUGUCCCCUCCCUGUCCCCAGGUCCCCAUCCCGGUGUCCCCUCCCUGUCCCCGUGUCCCCUCGCUGUCCCCUCCCUGUCCGCACCGUGUCCCCUCCUUGUCCCCUCGCUGUCCCCAUGUCCCCAAUAAAGGUGAAGCAGCAGCGGCCCCGCCCUCCUCCCUUGGGGACAGGGGGGUGGUGGCCCUUGGUGGCCCUUGGUGGCCCUUGGUGGCACUUGGUGGCCCUUGGUGGCACUUGGUGGCACUUGGUGACAUUUGGUGGCACUUGGUGGCUUUAACUGGGGACAUCGCGGGGGGGACAGGGCGGAGGUGGCACUUCCUGGGGACAUUCCCAGCACGGGGACAGUUGGUGGCACUUCCUGGGGACACCCCCGGGCUCGGUGACGUCAUGGCCAGCGCCGUUGACAUGGUGACGGGGAGCACACAAAAAAAUUGUCCCAAAAUCGCUCAAAAGUGCCGGAAAACUGCCCAAAAUCGGCCAAGAAUGGCCCAAAAUCUCCCCAAAAUCGCCCCCAAAACCACCCGAAAAUCGCCCCCAAACCACCCCAAAAUUGCCCUAAAAUCGGUCCUGGGAUCACCCCAAAACCACCCAAAAAUGGCCCAAAAUCGCCCUAAAAAUCGCCCCAAAACCACACCAAAAUCGCCCCAAAAUUGCCCUAAAAUCUCCCCUAAAUUGCCCCAAAACUGCCCGAAAAUCGCCCCAAAACCGCCCCAAAAUCUCUCCUAAAUCGCCCCAAAAUCUCCCCAAAACUGCCUCAAAAUCGUCCCUAAAUCUCUUCUAAAUGUCCCUAAAAUUUACCCCAAAAUCGCCCCAAAAAUCGCCCCAAAAAUUGCCCCAAAUCCCUUAAGAUUCUCCCCAAAAUCUCCCCGCAUUUGCA